CGCAUCAAAUGUAGCGAGUAUUUGGUAUUCCCAAUCGCAUUGACAUGUGCAAAUAAAAAUCUUUGGUUUUGUUAAUAAUUAGACAAUCUGCCCUCGGUUUACUUUAAAAAUGCUUGACUUUGUGGAAGUUGUAUGCCGUAUUGGUACAUAUUGCAGAAAAGUGGAAAGAGUUGGUCCCGCCUAUUUAAAUUCGAAGAAAAAGCAACAAAGUGAUCACAUCGAAAGGAGUGAAUCUGAUGAAAAACUUUUGAACGACGAUUUUGAGGUAGAUGUUAAUUACUUGAAGUCUUUAGACCCGAAGGAGUGGAAGAACCAGGACCAUUACAAGAUUUUAGGACUCGAAAAGUUGCGAUUUGAUGCUACUGAUGAUGAUAUACGCCGAGCUUACCGAAGGAUGGUCUUACAACAUCAUCCUGAUAAACGCAAAGCUAAAGGCGAAGAAAUAAAAACAGAUGAUGACUAUUUUACAUGCAUUACAAAGGCUUAUGAAACCCUAGGUACCCCUAAAACGAGGCGUUCAUUUGAUUCGGUUGACCCUGAAUUUGACGAUUCUUUGCCCACUCAGGCCGAAAUCGAAAGUAGCUUCUUCGAGAUAUUCAAAAAAUACUUCGAUUUAAACGCAAGAUGGAGUGAAAAAAAGAGUGUUCCACCUUUCGGUGACAUGAAUUCAACUAGGGAAGACGUUGAACGUUUCUACAGUUUUUGGUACGACUUCAAGUCAUGGCGUGAAUUUAGUUAUUUGGAUGAAGAAGAUAAAGAAAAAGGGCAAGAUAGAGAUGAACGCCGCUGGAUUGAAAAAGAAAACAAAGUGGCUCGUAUUAAGAGGAAGAAGGAAGAAAUGAUGAGAAUUCGGGCUUUAGUGGAUUUAGCAUACAAUAAUGACAAACGAAUUCAAAAAUUUAAAAAUGAAGAGAAAGAAAGAAAACUUGCCGCAAAGCGAGCGAAAAUGGAUGCAGUACAGGCACAAAAAGCUGAACAAGAGCGUGCGGUGCGAGAGGCACAGUUAGCCAAAGAACGUGCUGAAAAGGCCGAACAGAAAAGAAUAGAGCAGAUAAGAAUCGAAAGAGAACAGGCGAAAAAGGCUAUUAAAAAGGAAAGAAAACUUCUCCGAGAUAAAGCUAAAGAAAACAAUUACUUUGGAAAUAAUGAUAAAGAUGUUCUUAAGAAUAUGGAGGGUGUUGAAAAGAUAUGUGAAACUUUUUCACUGACUGAACUCCAGGAAUUAAACAAAAAGAUGGAAAAUUUAGCAAAAGACUCUUUUUUCUUAGCACUCAAAAAGGCCGAUCUUAAAAUUAAAGCCGAACUUGAAGAAGUAAACCAAACGCAAAAUAAGUGCAAAUCAGCUACGAAGUCGGAACCAGUAAUUAAGGAAGUUAAAAAAACGGAACUUUGGAGCAAUGAAAACGUGCAGCUUCUCAUAAAAGCUGUAAACCUUUUCCCUGCAGGAACGUCACAACGUUGGGAUGUUAUUGCUUCAUUUAUAAAUCAACAUUCAACUGGGGAAGCUAAUAUAACGGCCCGCGAUGUCCUCAACAAAGCUAAGGCGUUGCAACAUAGCGAUUUUUCAAAGAACACACUCAAAACACAAGCUAAUGCUACGGCUUUUGAAAAUUUUGAAAAAUCUAAGAAGGAAGUUGUAACGUCUUCAGACAUUACUGUCAAUACGGAAAUAUCUUCUGAAAUCGCAGGCAAUAGUGAAUCCAAAGAAAAUCACACUAAUGGAAAUAUUCCGGCCUCCACAGCAGGUAACACAAAAUCGUCAAAAACAGCAUUAAAGGCGUGGACAAAGGAAGAACAAGCUUUAUUGGAACAAGCCAUAAAAACGUACCCAAUAUCAACGCCAGACCGUUGGGAUCGGAUUGCAGAAUGUAUUCCUAAUAGAUCUAAAAAGGAUUGCCUCCGCAGGGUUAAAGAAUUAGUCGAACUUGUGAACUCUAAAAAAGAAGCUCAGCAGUUGGUCAAAUGAAUUUGAAAUUUUGUGAACUUAAGCAUCCUAGUUUUAAUUAAAUAAAAUCUUUGGCAAUUAAAAACAA